UGAGGAGUUCAACGGAAUUUCUACAACACCUGCACCUUCUAUACCAUUUGGUCCGUCCACCGCGAUUGUCCUCAACGAGGAUGCCAAUGAGACGCAUCCGAUGCACACUGAGUCUUCCCCGAUGGACACCGGACUAGAAGGUACCACCGGGACUCGCAGGACCGGGAAUGAAAUCGCGACCGAAUCGGCCCUAGAUUCAACUGGUUCGAACUCGACUAAAUCAGUCUGGACUCGGGCAAGUCUGGAGCAAAAGCUACACCGGGUCGACCUUGAUCUGAUGCCAAAGAUUAUCUAUGCAGAAAGUCCGACCGUCACAGCUUUGCUGCGAGCCGAUGUGACUCGGUAUCUGGAGUUUCGAUUUGUUUCCCGACUUUUAGCCUUGACAGUUUCUCCGUCAUCAGGAAACGCGCAAUCGGAUAGUACGCAAAAUCAGACCGAUAAAGUACAACCGUCUUCUGAAUCUCGGGAAACUUACUCGACUAGACCGAUUCGUGAGUUACUCACUGAGAACCGGAAUCUGGACUCGUUUACGCAACAACUGGUUACGAACAAUCUGGCCCUGGGCAGUGAUGAGAUUACAACCAAAGAGGUAUGUUUUCGCCAGCUGUUGCUUCUCUUCACGUGUCUCUGUUUAUGA